UAAGCAUCUGGAGAGACGGAAGGGAGGCUGGUGUUGAGAGAGAGAAAGAGAGAAAUGAGCCUGGAGCAGCCCCUUGAACCUGUCACGAACGGCAGCUCGCAUGACCACGAUGAUAAGAAGCUUAAGAAGCUAUCUACCUCCACUAGAUUUUCAGGUCUCUUGGCUACAAAGGAUCGUGAUUUUCUUCUCUCUCCAAAUGGAACCCAGGUGAAAGUUUCUGAUCUUGAAGGUAAGGUGACAGCCCUAUACUUCUCAGCAAACUGGUAUCCACCAUGUCAAAAUUUCACCCAAGUCCUUAUUGGUGCAUAUGAAGAGCUAAGGAAUAGUGGGUCGAGUUUUGAGAUUGUGUUUGUGUCUUCUGAUGAAGAUUUGGAUGCCUUCAACACAUAUCAUGCAUGCAUGCCAUGGCUGGCAAUUCCAUUUUCUGAUUUGCAGACAAAGAAGGCCUUAAAUAGAAAAUUCGACAUUGAAGGUAUUCCUUGCUUGGUUGUUUUGCAACCUGAUGAUGAUAAGGAUGAUGCAACAUUGCACGAUGGUGUUGAACUCAUUUAUAGGUAUGGGAUAAAAGCUUUCCCGUUUACCAAGGAGAAAUUGGAGGAAUUGCAAAAAGAAGAAAGGGAGAAGCAUGAGAACCAGACCUUACUUAAUUUACUGACAAACCAUGAGAGAGAUUAUCUAUUGGGCCAUCCCACUUCUGUACAGGUACCUGUUGCUUCUUUGGUAGGGAAGACUGUUGGACUUUACUUCUCAGCACAGUGGUGCAUUCCAUGUUCAAAGUUCGCUCCCAAGCUGGUUUCCAUCUACCAGAAGAUCAAGCAAAUGCUUGUGCAAAAAGGAGAUGACGAGGACUUUGAAAUAGUCUUCGUUUCAAGUGAUCAUGACCAAAUAGCAUUUGAAUCCUACUUUGCUACCAUGCCAUGGCUGGCUUUGCCUUUUGGAGACUCAACCAUCAAAGAACUUGCCAAGUACUUUGACGUACAAGGUAUCCCAUGUUUGGUGAUUAUAGGCCCUGAUGGUAAAACUGUUAACAAGCAAGGUAGAAAUCUUAUAAAUUUGUACCAGGAAAAUGCGUACCCUUUCACUGAGGCGAAGUUGGAAUUUCUGUACAAACAAAUUGAUGAAGAGGCAAAGAACUUGCCAAGAACUGAGUUCCAUACUGGGCAUCGCCAUGAGCUCAAUUUGGUAUCAGAAGGCUCUGGAGGAGGCCCUUUCAUAUGCUGUGACUGUGAUGAGCAGGGGUCUGGUUGGGCUUACCAGUGUCUUGAAUGUGGCUAUGAGGUGCACCCCAAGUGUGUGAGAGCCGUUGAUCGUGGCGCCCAUAUGGAGAGGUAACUGCAUAUGAUGUUGCUUAAUCUUCCUAAUGUUGGCCAGGUGUACUGGAUUAUCGUACUUGGUUUGUUAAUUUUAGUUUAGGGAUUAGCUUCCCUUUGAACAUCAAUCCUAUGCAAUGUGGUUUGACUUGAUAUGUAUUGUAGUUUAAGCUAAGGAUAUUACCAUGCGUCGCACCCAAUUGAAAAUGAGUAAAGUAAUGUAUGUAUAAUUAAAUUUUAAUAA